UGGGAGUUUUCACACAGCGCAUGCGUUGUCUUUGGCUUUCUGAACAUGAUUACUCUUGUUACGAGCGUCAUGUCGUUAUGCAACAUUUCUAUAAAUAGAUACGUCAUGGUGUGUUAUCCACAGAAGUUCAAAGACAUCUACACGGUCCGAAACUCUGUGUUGAUGAUUUUAGGUGUAGCCAUAUUUUCGAUUCUACUCUCUCUUCCACCGCUGCUUGGUUGGUCUGAAUAUGUAUACACGCCCUCUCACUCGUUCUGUUUCGCUGAUUGGCAGAACCACAUGUCCUACGCGUUCUUCAUGAUUGGAUGCUGCUUCGGUAUACCUUUAAUGGUCAUGACGGUUUGCAAUGUGUUCAUUUUGCGAACCGUAAAGUUCAGCAGACUUCGAGUAAAAGCCUCGUCAAUUACUAGAAAGAGGUCAACAUUUGGUACACAAAGUGAAAAUAAAUCAACUGAACCAAAUCUUUCGUCAUUAAAACGCUUUACUUUCAAUAUGUCGUCUCUAAGAUCUACGACAGAAAAUAAGACCAAAACAGCGGCCACAGAGGCACCAUUGGUAUCCAACAACAAAAGCACUUUAAACAAGGAACCGAACAAAGAGUACCAGGGUGUAGCAAAAACCCUCUGUAGUAUAGAUUUAGAAUCAAUGUCUGCUACUGCUGUAAACUUAAAUCCGUUACACAAUACAUUAAUAUCCAGCUCAUUAAAAGUUCCAGUGACCUCAGCCGCCCUACACACACCGUCUUACAAAUCACCAAAUUCGACAUUAACGCAUAAGCCAAGAAACAGACUACUACAUCCAAACGGGAAACAUUCGUCCGCAGAACAACACUCAAGCAGAGGGUCACCAGAGCCAUCAAUUUCAAUUGAACCAUCAUCGGACGUGUUGCUGGUCAUACCAUCGAAUUCAGAAAUGGAAAUCAACGGUCAAGGUUCUGAAAAUAAAGUUCACACGAAACUUCCCAAAUUACGAAAGUCGUCUUCAAAACGAAGAGAAGAGAUAAGACUUGCAUUUUCGCUCAUUAUUGUUGUUUUGGUUUUUGUGGUAUGUUGGCUACCGUACUGUAUUAGUAUGCUACUUUCAAUAUUUUACUUGGGACAUGUGCCAAGAGAGUUCCAUAUGUUUACAAUAAUAAUAGGAUAUGCAAAUAGUGGUUGUAACCCUAUCAUUUAUGGUGUUAUGAACAAAAGAUUUAAAGUGGGAUUUCUGCACAUUUUCUGUUUCUGGAAAGACAGGAACAGUUCAAACUUUAGUUGUUCAUAAUGCUACGUUCGGAAUGCCACACGAUCCUUCACGAAGUCAAUGAUUGGCCACACGUGCCAAUGCUAUCUUUUGAGAAUUUCGGCUACGAUACGAUGUAAUCAAAAGGAAUCGUGCAUAUUAUGUUAUUCUCCUGUAAAGGUAAAUCAAGUAUUAUCCAUGUAGCGUCAAUAUUUUUUUUCGAUGAAUUUUGUAAUGACUAUCGCAUACAACUACAUCAAAGUAAGUGAGUCUACAAAAUUGACACUAAAAUGUGAACGCAUCAAUACAAUCCACCAAUUCUUUGAAACAUGUGUAAUUGUUCGUGACACUUUAUUUGGUUUAAGCAAUAUUAUCUAAGCGACGGAUAAUAAAACAUUUAAAUGUAUCUAUUAUGUACCUUUGUAUUGAUAACGUGAAACAUAUCACAGAAAUGUAUAUCGAAGGUAUACUACACAUGCACAUGUGUUUAAUAUUAUACCAUUAAUAUGUGUUUUCAUUUUUUCAAUGUCUAACAUAAACCAAUUUUAAUUAUGAAUAUAAAUAUAUAUAUAUAU